CCCUGUUCUAAUCUCCUAAUUUGAAAACCAGAUAAACUUCAUACAAGGAAUUGAUUUUCUCUUUCGUCAUCAUAUAACUUUGUUAUUAACAAAUAGUGAAAGAAGAGAUGGACGAAGAAUCAAAAAGAUCUGAUACAGAUAUCAGACAUAUACAGGCUCUGCUGUUUGAACAAAUUGUUAUGUAUGGAGAAAAUGAAGACACAGUGAAGUUAUUCGACAAACACAAAGAUAUCUUAGACUUGGAAAUAUUUAUUGAAACUGAUCAGACAUGUACCUGUGCCAAAAUAUAUGAAUCUUUCCCUUACGCUUCACUUCCUGACAGCACAAGUCAAGUGGAAGGUUUGUUAGAUGUUUUAUUGGACGAUAUUCGUAGCGGAAUUUGCCAUUGUUAUUCCAGUGAUGAAAAUAGACUCAGGGAUUGCAAACCAUCACUAAGUUUGAUACACAUAGCCUCUGGGCUGGGAUUUCAAAACCUAGUCAGAUUGUUGAAACAGUAUGGUUGUAAUUUAAAUGUGAGAACAAAUAUAUAUGAAAGGACAGCGCUUCAUUUUGCAGUGAAGAAACAUCAAGUCGAUGUUGUGGACUUUUUAUUAUCACAAAAUGUUGAUGUGAAUGUCCAGAGUAAUCCAGAUAAAAUAUCCCCUCUGGCCUUAGCAAUGGUCAGUCGUUAUAAGGACAUUGUAGAAAAGUUGCUGAAAGUGAAGAAUAUUGAUUUAGAUAUUCGGAACAGUAGUAAUGAAGGUCCAGUUAUCUUGGCAAUGCAUCUGGUUGAUGAAGAGAUGUUUGGGAUGUUACUGGAUGCUGGGGCCAGUCCUAAUGUGACAGAUGAUCGGGGGAAUUCAGCAUUGAUGUUAGGUACUGUGAGGGGAGCUUAUUAUGUUAGGAGGUUAAUAUCCAGAGGAGUCAAUCUAAAUGCCAGGAACAGGAGACAGGAAUCAGCAUUGUUCUUUGCUACAUAUGUUGAAAAUGAAGAAAUUGUAGAGAUGUUACUUCAGGCUGGUGCCGACCCUAACCUGACCUCAAGUGAUGGAACAACUGCUCUUCUGACAGCCUGUUAUCAAGGAUCAACGAAAAUUGUUCAGAUUCUGGUCAACCAUCAAUCAGACAUUAAUGUCUGUAAUCCACAGAGGUAUUCGUCUAUCCACAUUGCUGCAUGGAAUGGAUACUAUCAGAUAGUCAACAUUCUGCUGAAGGCAGGAAUGCAUCAUGACACAGCCACGCGAGACGGUAACACACCCAUUGCCUUGGCAGCACAUGGUGGCCAUCAGAGUGUCAUUGAUAUUUUAUUGCCGUUAGGUUGUAAGGUAAACAAUGCUGAUAAGGACAAGGACACUGCGUUACAUUAUGCAGCAUACAACAAUAUGGUCGAGGGAGUCAGAAAACUUCUGGAAUGUGGAGCCGACCCAAAUUGCCAAAACAGCUACAAAGCCACGCCUCUUUGGAAUGCAGUGUACAUGAAACAUAAGGAUAUUGUAAAACUACUUCUAACAGCUAAUGUAGAAAUGGAAGUAGCAAGCGUAGGUAUUAAUCAACAUUCCCAAAGUGACACAGCAGUACAGAUUUAUCCCAAGCCUCGCUCACCUCUGUAUGUUGCGGUUGACAGAGGGUGUUUUGAAAUUAUGUUGUUACUGAUAGCAGCUGGUUACAAUCUUCACAGUGAGGCUUGGGUAUUUAGUGACGAUAUGUAUCCGAAGGAAAAUCGUGAUUUAAACAUGCAAGCCUUAUUGAAAAAGUUUGCCUCAGAACCUCCACGUCUGAUAGCAGUGUGUAGGAAUUUUUUUAGACGGUCGUUAGGUCAGCAGAUACACAAUAAAGUUCAACAUUUAGAACUUCCAGUGACUUUAAAGAAUUAUUUGAUAUUAGGAGAUGUACUCAGUUGAUUUCUCUGGACAUGUGUUCCCUACUUUAUUGUAGUUCUGUGAUUAAAUGUUGCUGUGAUACAAGGGCUCAUGUCUAAGGGAUUUUUGUUUAUGCCCAGCCUACUAUAGUAUAGGGGUAUUAUGUUUAAAGGUCUAUGUGUGCUUUCAUUUUUUCGUCCUGUACGUACCAUGUUAAAAUUUUUGUGUAUGUAAUUAAUCAUGCAAUAAUUUAAUGCUAAUGGUCAAAACAAUUUUUAUGCCCCCACCGUAGUGGAGAGGGCAUUAAGUUUUACCCUUGUCCGCCUGUACGUCCUUACAUACAUCUGUCCGUCUGUCCGUACAUCCCAAAAUUGGUUUCCGUUCUCUAACUUUAGUUUGCCUCAACCAAAUGUUAUGAAACUUAUCCACAAUGCUUAUUACCACAAAACACAGAUUGAGUUUGAAUUUUGGUGGCAUCACUUUUACCGUUUGAGAGUUAUGUCCCUUUACAAAUUAUUCGUUUCCAUUCUCUAACUUGAGUUUGCCUUAACCAAAUGAUAUGAAACUUAUCCACAAUGUUUAUUACCACAAAACACAGAUCAAGUUUGAAUUUUGUUGGCAUCACUUUUACCGUUCUAGAGUUAUGCCCCUUUACAAAUCUCAAAAAUCUGAAAUAUUUUUUCUGUUCUCUAACUUUAGUUUGCCUCAACCAAACGUUACGAAACUUAUGCACAAUGCUAAUUACCACAAAACAGAGAUAAAGAUUGAAAUUUGGUGGCAUCACUUCUACUGUUCUAGAGUUAUGCCCCUUUAAAAAUGAAAAAAAUGCUGAAUUUUUUGUUUCUGUUCUCUAAUUUAAUUUUACGUCAACUAAAUGUUAUGAAACUUAUAAACAAUGCUUAUUACCACAAAACUCAGAUCAAGUUCAAAUUUGGGUAGUGUCACUUUUACAGUUCUUGAGUUAUGGCCCUUUAUAACGUUAUAUGCAAGCGGGGGCAUUAUCUGUGUCCCAUGGACACAUUCCCCAUUUAUUUAUGCAACUCAAUUUCAUUAAUCAUGUUAAUGAACUUUUAAAAAUGUAUGCAAAAGUAGAUUUUAGACCAAGAUUUUGUUGUUUACUGAACAUUAAAAUGGGAUAGUAUGAAUGGGGCAUGGUGUCCUUUGGAAAAGUAUAUUUGUUUGUUCUUAAUACACAUGAUAUAAUAAUUCCAUCAUUUAAUUUAGCAUAAUAAGUGGAAAAUGAUUGAUUUUACCCAGUUGUUCCCUGAUGAAGGUUGUCCUUGAACCCUGUGUCAUACACGUUUAGAUUGGCAUCAUACAUUUAUAUAAGGUGUUAUUUUUUUAGCACUAAUAUUCAGGAUGCAAAUUAACAAAUGACAUUUGGGAAUAUUUGGUCAUGUAUUUAACUCAAAAUUGAUGUUUUCAGAUAUUUUUGUUUUGUUUUGUGUAUAAUCAUGAUAAUUAUUCUAUAUAUUUCAUUUCAAACACUGUACAUCACCUAAAGUCCUGUGGUAUUUUAAAUAGAUGCGUCAGUAAGCAUUCCAUU